ACAUUUGUAAACAUCGCUCAAAACGUGGAUGCGAGGGAACUGGUCUAACCAUGCAGGACGGUGACGUAGCAGAUACAAGUAAAGCCUCAGACCUCAGUGAAGCAAGUAUGGGGACAAUUGACCCCCUACCUCUCACUGAGGACUCGCAAGAAUAUUUUAAGAGUUAUGAAGAUGUGGAGAUUCAUAGACUUAUGGUUAGCGACAAACCACGUACAACAGCGUAUUUUGAUGCAAUCACCAGAAACAAACAUUUAUUCAAAGAUAAGAUUGCUAUGGAUGUUGGAGCAGGCACAGGGAUUUUGUCUUUGUUUAUGGCAUCUGCUGGAGCAAAAAAAGUGUAUGCUGUAGAAGCAAGUGGCAUGGCAGAAGUUAUUCAAAAAGUUGCAGAGGAUAAUGGCUUUGGUGAUGUUAUUCAAGUGUUCCAUUCAAGAGUGGAAGACAUAUCUCUUCCAGAAGAUGAGAAAGUUGAUAUAAUUGUGUCUGAAUGGAUGGGAUUUUACUUGUUACAUGAAUCCAUGCUUAAUUCUGUUAUAAAGGCCCGAGAUAUGUUCCUUUCAGAUGAAGGCACAGUAUUUCCUUCAGAAGCUAGAAUAUUUGCAUGUCCAUGUUCAUUACAAUCUCUUUAUAAAGAACAGAUAAAUUAUUGGGAUAAUGUCUAUGGAUUCAACAUGUCUGCUGUCAAACAGUUUGCUCUCAGAUCCAAAAUGAUAAAACCUGAAGUCUGCCUUAUUCCUGAAUCAGACCUGUUGGCUGAACCAACAUGUAUUAAGAAAUUCAACCUGAGAUGGGUAACAGAAGAAGAGGUAAAGCUGUUUUCUGAAACUACCUUUGUUGGCAUCACAAAGUCUGGUUCUUACCAGGGUCUCUGUCUGUGGUUUGAAUGUGACUUUGAGGGAUACUGGUACAGUGAGGAAGGGGAAGAACAGGGAACACUAAUCACACUCUCAACUUCACCCAUGACCCCCCCAACACACUGGAAACAGACUGUUGUUGUCCUGGGAUAUGGCUCAGCAAAAUCAUGCCAAGAAAUUGAGUUAAGCUGUCAAGAUGGUGCACUUGAAGCCAGUGAUGAUGAUGUUGAAAAAAGCGCUACUGAAAAGCUGGAAAAUCAUGAACCACAACAAAGUGAUCAAGUAGAAACCAAGAAUUACAACAAAGAUGAUAGUAAAGAAGAUAAAAGAGAAGUACAAGACACUGUAGUCUCAACCACACAGCUAGAGUUUGAGAAUUUGGUAGAGAAAGAUGAAGUGGUGGGUUGGAAGAUAGUGUUUGCCCAAAGUGAUGAUAAUGUCCGGCACUACACAAUGACAGUGGAGAUGCUUGACCCUGAAAUAGAAGAACACCCUGUCCCCUGUUUGUGCCCCAUGCCCAGAUGUGUUAUAAUUGCAAAGAUGAUUGAAAAUGACGAAAUGGGUGAGGAGGAUAGUAAUGUUAUAGACUGCACGUAACCCAGGUUAAGCUAUGUGUGUUGGUGUUUAUACAUGAUUGUGCAAUGUAUAUCAAAAGUCAUCAUUAAACCUAUGAAUGUUA